AUCAUGGAAUCAUUUACUGAAAUGGAAGUUGUUGAAAUUUUAGAUGAAGUUACUAAUGAUUUUGAUGACAUAAAUAUUGAUGAUUUUGAUUAUGAUGAUAACUAUGAAGGGAAUAGUGAUUCUAAUGGUGAUAUACUUGCAUAUGACUAUCUUCAACUUGAUAAAGCCAAGAAUGAGCUUGAAACAAGAGAAAUACCAAUUAAUAAUACUACACCUAAGGAAGAAUUUACUCAUU